UAUAAUAAUCAUAUGAAUAUAAUUUGUUUGUAAUCCAUUGCUUCUUCUUCUUGAUUUUUCUCUUUAUUUCUACCUCUCGCAAUCAUGGUGAACACUGAUGCUAUCCGUACUGCUGUUGGUAUAGUCGGGGAUGUCAUCUCUGCCUUCUUGUUUCUUUCUCCAUCGCCAACGUUCUAUAGAAUUUUCAAGAAGAAAUCAGUUGAAGAGUUCCAACCGGUCCCGUAUCUGCUGACGAUGAUCAACUGUCUCUUCUGGGUAUUAUAUGGUACCCCGCUUGUUCAUCCGGGGAACAUAUUGGUUCUCAUCAUUAAUGGAUUUGGCAUUGUGAUGGAGUUGUUUUAUCUCUCAAUGUUUCUUAUCUAUGCCAAAGACAAUAAACAAAGGCUACGUGUUGGAGGUAUACUUCUGUUGGAGUUUGUGGUUUAUGGCAUAUUUGCUGGAUUGCUUAUUGGAUUAGAACCGUCUGUGAAGAAGAGAUCCCGAAUUGUAGGAACUAUUUGCAUAGUUCUCAAUAUAGGGAUGUAUGGGGCUCCUCUCACCAUUGCUCGGAAAGUGAUCAAGACAAAGAGUGUGGAGUACAUGCCAUUCUGGCUUUCACUGACAGGCACCAUUAAUGGAGCUUGCUGGCUCUGCUAUGGCUUACUCAGAUUUGACGUAAACCUUGUGGUUCCGAAUGGUCUGGGAUUCACUUUUGGAGUGAUGCAGCUAGUACUCUAUGCUAUUUACUGGAAAAGGACUCCUAAAAGUGAGGAUGAUAAGAAGGUGGUGCAGCUCCAAGGAGGCGUAGUUUAGUUGUCGAUUAGCCUUAAUCCAGAUCUAGGGUUUGAGUAAUAUUUCCUUCUAGAUGUUUUGAGUUUCUUGGUGAGCAAAUUUUGUUUUAGGUUUCUGGAUUGUCUGGGACUUGUGUUACAAUCUUAGUGUAGAUUGCAGACACCUUUUGAUUCAAAAAAUUAAUUUGGUA